AUCGUUUAUAUUGCAAUAGUCGACUUGACGUUCUGCGGUUAUUCACGUCGUUAGUGAUUGCGUGCUGGGCGCAUUGAUAAAAUGGCACAAAUAGGACCGAAGAUAAAGUUCAAUAAUGGUAACGAGGCACCUCAGUUCGGUCUGGGCACGUGGAAGGCGAAGCCGGGAGAGGCAGAGGAGGCCGUUAAGUACGCAAUAGAGAUUGGCUAUCGUCAUAUCGACGGCUCUCCCGUUUACGACACCGAGAAGGAAGUUGGAUCUGCGAUAAAAGCGAAAAUCGAGGAUGGAACAGUCAAGCGAGAGGACCUCUUCAUCGUCAGCAAGCUCUGGUCCAAUUCUCACAGUGUUAACAGCGUGGAGAGGGCCCUCAAGAGGACCCUGAGUGAUCUGGGACUGGAGUACUUGGACCUGUACCUGGUGCACUGGCCAUUCGCCUUCGAGGAUGGCGAUGAGUUCUCCCCCAAGAACCCCGAUGGAACUUUCAGAUUAGUGGAUACCGACUACCUGGAGACCUGGAAGGGGAUGGAGGGGGUUCUCCAAAAGGGACUGACGAAGAACAUUGGUGUCAGUAAUUUUAAUUCGGAGCAGAUUGAGCGGCUCCUGAAGAAUUGCAAGGUCAAACCUGUGACCAAUCAGAUCGAAGUCCAUCCUUAUUUGACUCAAAAGGAAUUAUCGAAAUUCUGCAAGGACCGUGGGAUUACCGUCACAGCGUACUGUCCCCUGGGCUCUCCAUCCAGACCAUGGGCCAAACCCAAUGACCCUAAUCUGCUGGAGGACCAGAAACUCGGGGAGAUAGGCAGGAAGUACAACAAAACUCCUGCUCAAGUUUUAAUUCGUUAUCAGCUGGAUCGAGGACACCUUGUGAUUCCCAAGUCGUUCUCAAAGACACGCAUUCUCGAAAAUUCCCAAGUUUUCGAUUUUCAAUUGAGCUCUGAGGACAUUGCGUACAUCGAUACUUUCCAUAUUGGGUGGCGUAUCUGUCCUAUGUCCGGCGCCACGAAAAGCAUCCACUGGCCCUUCAACAUUCCUUACUGAUCAGUGAGAAGUCCUCAAGAAAUGCUAUUGUCACUACUUAAGAUUUUGUUUUUGUAUUCACCAAUGUUGUGAUUUCCCAUUUACCUCAGAAAUGAAUAAAUAUGUCAAGUGGAUAUUACGAGA